AUGUUCGCAACAUCCCCCCAAACCCCAUUCCGCCAAACACGCCACUACACACCAACCCACCCAUCCCCUCUCGGCAUCUCAGCACCACAAUGGACAAUGACACCGCCACACACCCACAAUCCUAAUACUAAUCCCAUCCACUUCAACAUCCGCACCGAACCGAUCCCACGCCACGCGCAGAACCACGCUUCCCCAGUCCCAAUGCCGCACGUAGCCUCGGCCUCAGCCUCAACAACACCAACAUCAAUCUUUGCGCCCUUCGCGUCACAUCCAAACGCACACCCCUCCUCCCCGACCUCUCCCUCGCGCCACCCCAAAUCGAAAUACGAAGCGCGCUACGCAGCCCUCUCAAACCCCAUGAAAGACGCGGCUGGCCUCGCGCGCUCAAAAACCCGCAAAAUGUUCCUCAAUCGCGUGAAGGGGGAGCGGGACGCGGGGCGUUUCGAGGCGCGCGGAGAGCAGAUGAUGCAUAUGGAGCAUCUUGCUGAUCGGCGGCGGUGGGAGGAGAGCAUGGCGCGGGAGGGUGAGGGGGUUAUUGGGGAGGUGGAGAUUGCGGAGGAGGAUGAUAUGCUUCCUGAUUAUGGGGAUGCUUUGGAUGAGUUUAUUUCGCAGGAGGAGGCUUUGGAAAUGGAGCUUAGGGAAGCGCAGGCGCAGGCGCAGAUUGGAGUUCAUGGGAGUGUUGAGCGGCUGCGUGCGACUGGGACUGGGAAUGAGGUUCCGUUCAGUGAUGAUGAUUAUGAUGAUAUCUUUAUGGGGUUACAGGAGCAGUCUCAGGAUAUGGAUAUGUCGUGA